CUGCGUAGACGGAAGGAACCGAAGAGAAACCGGAUACAACGGUAAAAGGACGGAGAAUGGUGUACGUGUCCAAUGGGCAAGUCGUGGAUAACAGGAGUCAAGCACCAUGGAGUUUAUCAUCAAUCAUUCAGUUUUUCUGGGGAAUAGUGGAGUUUGUUUCUUUCUUCUUUCGAACAUUGUUCAAUCCAGCCGGAACUGACUACAAAACAACUGGAAGUCAGACGUCCUGGGGUAGACCCGACGAUGGAAGAGGUCCUCCUGGAGCUCCACGGAGAAGAAUGGGUCGAGUAAAUCAUGGAGGAGGUCCAGCACCACCUCCAAUGUCUGGGGGAUGAGGAAGGUAA